AUGGAUUUUUCUGAGGGCAGUGUUGUGGACAGAGCGAGCGCGGUCAGACGGACCGACGCCCCGCGCCCUGUGUCCAGGAGAGGCUAUCGAGAGUAUACCAAUACUGGAUCCGCGGUAUCUAGAAGCGACAGCAUGAGACCUACUUCUGCGUAUCGGGGUAGCACGGCGUCGCGUCUGGCGACCGCUGGUUUUGGACCCGCACCGCCUACUGCUAAUCGACAGCCAACUGCUAUGACUGGAUUCUCUAUGAUCGACAGGCCAAUAACACAACAAGGCAUAUCAGGGCUUCGCACAGGAACUGCACGAGGAUUCCGUACGAGGCAGCUGCAAGAUAAAAGGUACUGGGAAGAGUUGAUGCAAGUCAAGGUGCGUGAAAUCAAAGCGGAGAUAGCUCGAUUAAGUGACAAGGUCGAGUCGGGAGAAAGAGAAAAAUCUGCUAAAAAACACUAUGAAAAGCGAGUACGGGAACUGGCACAAGAAUUGACAGAUCUUCAAGGCCGAUUAUCAGACUACAAUACAGCUAUUCGUAUUGCUAACGGAGAAGCGUCUAAACAGUCAGUAGAAGAACAAACAAGAGAAUUAGAAGUUAGUAACAAAAAGUUACAGGUAGAUGUUGAACAGGUGUUUUUAGAGAAACAAAGAAAAGAAAGCCAGCUAAGGCAGUUAAGAGAACAAAUGGAUAAGGAGCAAUCAACAAUAUCAGAACUAUUGUCAGAAAUGUCACCGGAGCAAAGAAAACAGUAUAACGAACUAGAAGCUAAUGCUGCCGCUUUAAGAGAAGAAGCAGAACAAGCAAGAACACAGAUAGAUAAUCUUACUAAAGAAAAAGAGGAAUUCAACAAAGAGAUCUCUAUGUCCCAGAUAAAGGUACACUUGUUGGAAUUAUAUAGACGAUUAUCAGCUGCAGAAGAGAAACGCGACAGUCUUAAGAAUGAAAUAAAUAACCGCUUGGAUCCUCAAGAGGAACGUGAGAAAUUGUUACAACAGGUUCGAGAAGAUAAUGCUGCCAUUGCUUCAUUAGAUAGUAAUGCAGCAAACUUGAAACAACAAAUCGCAAAGACUCAGGAGUUAAUAGAACAGGCUGAGCAGGACCUCGAAGAAGGUAAUUCCGAACGUCAUCAAAAAUAUAGAGAAUUGAAGAAACGAGAAGAAACUAUGGAUGCAUUUUUGUCUACUUACGAAGAAAAUCUUGCAAAAGAAAAAGAAAAGAUCGACCAACUUGAGAAAGAUAUUGUAUUUGCAUUAGAACAUAGCAGCUCCAAUAUCGAUCUAGAUCUGAGCGAGAUAGAUUCAUUGAAGAAGAGAGAUGGAUAUACUAUGGCAUACGAUGAAAGCAAAAAAUCUGUGGAGACAUUGAUGAAGGAUUAUGAAAGAUUUCAGGCAAAUCUUAAGAAAGUAGAAGCUACUCGCGAACGUUUAUUAGCAGAACUAUUAACGCUACCAGAGAAAACACGAGUAAUGGAAGAAGAACUUGUGACUCUUUCUGAUCUCGAAAAACUCAGAGACGAAGGAGAAAUACAGAAAAAAGAAUUACAAAAUGAGCUGCAAGUUUUAAAAGAAAAACUAGCUCCCACUGAGAGCGCAGUUAUAGAAGCAGCUAAUAAAUUGAAGAAAAUACAGGCGGCGUUAGAUGGAAAUGAGAUGUAUGCAAAACUUAAUAGUUUAGAAGACCAAGUUGCAAACCUUGAAAACAGGAAAACCAUAUUAGAAGAGGACAUAGCAUCGAUUACUUUAAAAGCUGAUUAUGAACCAAUUAAGAAGGAAGCCUUGGAUGUAUUGGAGCAGCUGAAUCAGAAAAUAAUAGAAGACCUUAAUAGUACAAAAUCUUAUUGA